AUGACUACGAACGAAGAAAAUAAGAAGAAAGUAAUGGAAAGCCAUAUUUUUGGAGGAGCUCCUCAAUCUCCUCCUCAACAAAGAAGAACACCUAGUCGUGCAAAUCAGGCUCCUCUUCCACCUUUGGCAGAUGAAAUUCAAAUUCAAAGACAACAGCCACCACCACAACCACAAAAUGACUUCAAUUUUCAAAGAAGCCCUCAAAGACCUCAGCAGCAACCACAACCAGCAUAUAAGCCAGAUGACAGAUUAAAUCUCGUAACACCACACUCUUCAAGAUUUGCUACAGCAACGCAGAUUAACAGACCUCCUGUUCAAAACUUUGAUGGGCUUGUAAAGGAGUCUUCUGUUCCACCUCUUUCUCCAUUCCCUGAAUUUACUUUCGAACCACCACAAAUACAAACCAAUUUUGAAUUUCAUGUCAAGCCUCUAACUGCUCAAAGUAGCAGGUCUACAGCUAAAAAGCUUACAAUCAACUCUAAUUCAGAAAUUAGAAAAAUUCGAGAUGAAAUCCAAGCAGAUUCUGCUGAAUUCGCUUCCAAACUUCAACAAAUACAAGCACAAAAUGCUCCAGGUAUACAUGUCUAA